AUGCCCGCCUGUGUCUCACUUCACUUCACUGUUUCUUCUUCCUUUGUUCUCAUUCACUUCAUUGUGAUGGUCACUAACGCUGGGCGCGCAUGCAGAGUGAAUAUCGGUAACGCCGUCAUCUUCGGCCUCAAGAAGGACCUGGGCAUCACCUCGGGCACGCAGUACAACACGGCCCUGACCAUCUUCUUUAUCCCUUACGUCCUGUUCGAGAUUCCGUCAAACCUGCUGCUGAAGAAGUUCAAGCCUCAUGUCUGGCUCUCCUUUUGCAUGUUUGCAUUCGGCCUCAUUACCUGUCUCCAGGGCAUCACGACCAACUAUGCCGGCAUCCUCGCGACUCGCUUCUUCCUCGGUCUUGCCGAGACCGGCAUGUUCCCCGGCUGCUUCUACUUGAUGGGCAUGUGGUACAAGCGAUCUGAAGCCCAGAAGCGAUUCUCCUUCUUCUUCAGCUCUACUACCCUGGCCGGUGCCUUUGGAGGCUUACUUGCUAGUGGUAUCGGCAAGAUGGGCGGUCUGCGCGGCUACAAUGGCUGGAGAUGGCUGUUCAUCCUCGAAGGUGUCUUCACCUGCGUCGUUGCUGUCAUCUGGUUCUUCCUCAUCCCCGAUUUCCCUGAAGACGUCAAGUGGUUGACCGAGGAGGAGCGUGAGUUCAUCAAGGCCAAGCUUGCAAAGGACGUCGGUAAAGCCGGUGUCGAUGCCAAAGUCACCUUCAAGGACGUCAUCUCUAUCGUUAGUGAUCCCAAGGUCCUGAUCGGUGGAUUCAUGUAUCUCGGCAUGAUCGUUCCAGCAUACACUAAACUCUCCGCAGCAAUUGAGACCCAGCUCUACUCUAUCCCUCCAUGGGCCGUAGCCUUCGUCUUUGCCAUGUUAAUGGCCUACGUCUCAGACCGCAUCUCCCACCGCGUCUCAUUCGCUACUCUGCCCGUAGCCUUUGCUAUUGCCGGUUUCUCCAUGCUUCUCACCGUCCAUGGCAAAGAAAACAGACACAUCCAGUACGGUGCUCUCUUCCUCAUCACAUGCGGCACUUACAGCGCCAUGCCAAUCAUUAUCUGCUGGUACGCCAUGAACCUGUCCGGUCAUAAGCGCCGAGCCAUCGGAACCGGAUGGCAGAUCGGAUUCGGAAACAUCGGUGGAAUCAUAGCUACAUACAGCUUCCUUGAGAAAGACGCUCCGCAGUUCAAACCGGGACACAGCAUAUCAAUUGGCUUCCUGUGUCUGGCUGUCGUCUCCUCGGUGCUGUACCUCUUCCUCAUCCUAAGCCGUAACAAGAAGAAGGAUGCUCAGGGCGCUCCAACCCAGGCUUUGGACCAGGAAGAUGGCGACUUGGGCGAUCUCAGCCCGAACUACAGAUACCAGAUCUAA